CCUCCCUCUCUCCCUCUCCCUCUCCCUCCCUCCGGCCAUGGCGUCCAAGCGGAUCCUCAAGGAGCUCAAGGACCUGCAGAAGGAUCCCCCCACCUCCUGCAGCGCCGGCCCUGCGGCAGAAGAUAUGUUCCACUGGCAGGCAACAAUUAUGGGUCCAGCAGAUAGCCCAUAUGCAGGUGGCGUCUUUUUGGUUUCUAUUCACUUCCCUCCAGACUAUCCAUUCAAACCGCCCAAGGUUGCAUUCAAGACAAAGGUUUUCCAUCCAAAUAUCAACAGUAAUGGAAGCAUCUGCCUUGAUAUCCUGAAGGAACAGUGGAGCCCUGCGUUGACAGUGUCAAAGGUACUCCUCUCGAUUUGUUCACUGUUGACGGACCCAAACCCAGACGACCCGCUCGUUCCGGAGAUCGCGCACAUGUACAAGACUGAUCGGGCCAAAUAUGAAUCAACUGCUAGGGGUUGGACCCAGAAGUAUGCAAUGGGUUGAACAACAUUGGAUGUAGGAAAGAUUAUGUUUCCUGCUGAUAUAUUAUCUUGUAUUAGUUUCCAUGUUGUGGUGCGAUAUGCCUAAAUGGGGGGUAUAAUGUCUUCCAUCACUGAAUCUAAAGUCAAUUUCUCGAUUGAUGAUAGAAGGGCUUGAG